AUCUCCUUUCUUCUUCGGUUUUCUCACAAUGUAAUGUAAUGCACUAGGCGUUUGCCAAUUAUGUUUUUUUGUAAUUCGGUGUUUGCUGAUCAUUGAAUGUUCACUUUUAUUUUUUUUUUUAAUGUCAUUCCUAUGUUUUUUUAUACGUAUCUCUAACUGAUGUUUUGCCCAAUGUAGGAUGCAUUACAACUAUUACAUUUCAACCAAUAGACAACAUCGGUUUUCUUUGAUAUGUCUAAUUUAUUUUUUCCCUUUUUAAUGGUCAUAAAAUAUAUAUGCAUAAUAUAAUGUCAAAAAAUAUUAUUUAAAAUGUGUUUGACAUACACGAGGGUAGCAAAUAAACCGAAGAUCAAAACAUAGUAUCAAUAAGAUGUGUACAGAGUUUUUUGGAACCAUGAAAAAAGUGUGUAAAGCUAAUUUUUUUCAAAUAAUGACUAAUCCCACUUAUACUUUUUAUGUAUGAUAACGUCAAACAUCUUUUUGUAUCAAACCCAACAUUUUUAGUUGUCACAUUAUUGUUAAAAAAAUUUGUACAAUUUUUUAAAUUCUUUAAUUCGUCUGUUAUAUAUAUUUAUUAACAUCAUCACGAAGUUAUUUUUAAAAAUACUUUUUACUAACAUAAUGUUCGUUUGGUGAAAUUUUGAUAGAGCGAUUUUAUUAUCUGGUAAAAAAUUUCAAACAUUACGUUAGUAAAAACUAUUUUACAAAAUAACUUUUUCUGAUAAUGUCAUUAAUGAAUAUGUUAAUAGACGAAUUAAAGAAAUAAAAAAUACUUGACCACAUUUUAAUUUAUAUUUUAUUUAUUAGCUUAUUGCUAUAUAAGUUGUUAUUUGUCUUUUUAUAAACGCUUUCGAAUAGUACCUUUAGCGCCAUCCGUAUUUUCGAAAAUGAACCCGUUGCUUGUCGCGUGGGGUUUUGCUUCGAAUUCGCCGCGGUUGCGCUCGCUCUCGCUCGCAGCAGAUCGCGUACGACCGAACGUACGAGAGCACGCGCUUACGUAUUAUACAUAAUUUUACAUUAGUUAUAAGUUACAGUGCUACAUUUCCACUAUUCACCGUGCGCAUUUGCGAAUAAACGUUGAACUUUUUUGUAGACGUUAACGUGUAAGAGUCAUUGUGGUAAUUCAUAGACCAGAAGAGCACAUUCAUCUCCGAACCGUGCCAUGUGUUAAAUAAAAGAAAUCAAAUGGCCUCGGCUGCGAUGUCGCCGACCGAUGAUGACGAGCUCACUCUCCCUCGUGCAUCAAUUAACAAAAUAAUCAAGGAGAUUCUUCCUCACGUGCGAGUGGCAAACGAAUCUAGAGAGCUCAUCUUAAAUUGCUGUACGGAAUUCAUUCACCUGCUGUCUUCGGAGGCAAACGAGAUUUGUAAUCAGCAACAGAAAAAAACUAUAAAUGCGGAACACGUUCUGCAAGCACUCGACAAAUUGGGCUUUGGCGAUUACAACGCGGAAGCAGAAGCUGUGUUACGAGAUUGCAAGGCUGUAGCAGCUAAAAGACGACGUCAGAGUACCAGAUUGGAAAAUUUGGGAAUUCCGGAGGAGGAAUUAUUGCGACAGCAGCAGGAAUUAUUUGCUAAAGCGAGAGAGGAGCAAGCAGUCGCGGAGCAGCAGCAGUGGCAACAACUACAGGCUGUUACGCAAAUGGCGUCCAUGCAACAGGGUGACAGCGAACAGGAAGAUUAUUCAUAAAGAAAUUCUAAUUGUGAAGCUUGUAUUUGUGAAGAGUUUAUUUUUAUUUGAAAAAAAGAAAUUUAUAUAUAAUUUUUAUAUAUGAAACAGAAGAACGGAGAGGAGGAGAAAGAGAAGAAAAAGAGAGGAAGUAAAAAAGAAAACUGAUGGAAGUGGUAGGAAUAAAAAAUGAAAAAUAUGCAAAUUCUAUUAUUCUUGCAGACUUAGAAGCUGUUUUUAAUGAUUUAAUUUUGUACCAUAUAUAAUAUAUAUUAAACACACUUUCUACAUGUCUUAAUUUAAUAUUGUAAUUUAUAAACAGUAUAUCUCUCGUAUCUUGAAUCAAUUGUAUCUUGAGUUCUUUUUUGUCCUUUCGUGCGAGUCUUCAGAUUUAAGGAAUUAAUCUUCCGUAUUCAGAAGAGAGAUGGCUUUUCUUGAUCACCUCUAUAACUUUUGACACAUAAUGAUACCUGUUGAUAAUAUCUGCGUUAUUUCAUACAUAAAAACAUUAUAUAGAUUUCUCAUAUUGAUCUUUUAUUGGAAUAAAAAAAGUUUAUUCUUGA